AUUCGAUUGCUUGCACCUGCGACAAGUCAUUAAUUUCUCGUAAUGCAUAUCGUCAGCUUGCAGCUAUCAUGCCAGAAAUAGCACGUGAAUAUAAAAUUGAAAAAUCUUAUAGAUCACUUAGAAAUAUUUUAUUUGUUAUAAUUUCUAAAUUAACAGAUGAAAAAUCAGCAGUGUUACAAGUAGGAGACAUUAUUCAUAUUAAAUUAAUUUUAAAUCCAUUCAAUCAACAUUAUAUCUUUCUUUAUAAUGGUACAAAACAAUAUGAGUCACUUCAAAAAGCUUUUAGUUUUUUAAUUGACGAGUUAGAAACUUUAAAUAGAGAAGAAAUCGUUGACUCAAAUAACAAUCAUUGGAAAAUCGAAUUUUG